AUGAGCUUCCCGCGGCCCCUGCGCCGCUCCGUCAGCCUCAGCCCGGCCCGCACCCUGCGCCUCGUCGUGCUGGGGCAGAGCGCCGUGGGCAAGACAGCGUUGACUGUACGAUUCAUCACCAGGAGAUUCAUUGGAGACUACGAUCCAACUCUGGAAAUGAUCUACAGGCACGUGGCUGUCAUUGACGGGGAGAUGGUGCACUUUGAGAUCCUCGACACGGCAGGACAGGAGGAGGACUCACUGCAGAUCGAGGAGAAGAUCAAGUGGGGCGAUGGCUUUGCCGUGGUGUACUCAGUGACCGACCGGUGCAGCUUCGACGAGGUGAUGCGGCUCUGCUUCCUCAUCAACCACCUCCACUCCAGCCCCAAGCGCAGCGGCGGCGCCGAGCAGCCCCCCGUUGUCAUCGUGGCCAACAAGAAGGACCUGCAGUUCGACAGGAUGGUCUCCACAGAGGAUGGUGAGAACCUCUCUAAAGCCCUGAAGCUUCCUUUCUACGAGAUCUCCACGCGGGACAGCUACGAGGAGCCGGUGGCCGUGUUCAGCAGCCUCUACCAGGAGCUGCUGAGGCAGGGGCACUUCUCCCCGGGCUCCUUCAAGAGGAGGACAGUGUCCAAGCUGAUGGAGAAGAUUCCCAAGAUGCAGGCCAGCUCCACCCUGAACUCUGUGGGCCGGAGCCUCAGCUUUAACUCCUUCAGGGACUACAUCCCUGAGCCCCUUGGCUCGCUCUCCUCUAGUGAGACUGUAAAUAAACCCUGGAAGAAGGGCAGCAGAUGCUCCAUCCCUGCUGAAUCCACCACCUGCUCCCUGCUUUCCAAGGUUUCAUGUCUGACAUCUCCACCUGGCUGGGGCAGCCCAUCCCUAAGGCAGGCAAAUCGAACUGCCCAGAUUUCGGAGGCACACUGAGCCCAUAGGCUCAGAUCCCCUUUCUCCAUCCCAGAAGAACAGCAUUCCCAGGGGCAGCUUCUCCCCUUGAUGCUCUGCCGCUCAGCUGCAAGGACACAACGGAGCUGAUUCCAGGAGGUACAAAUGCUGCUGCUUGCAGGGGCCUCUAUGCCUGUUCAUUAAUUUCCCCAUUCCCAAAGGGAGAAUCACCAUGGGCUGAGAAUUUUUUCUGUUUGCACAGGGAUGGGGCAGGAAACAUAUGGGAAGGAGCCAGGUCACAGCUCACCUUUCCCUCCCUCCCUUCCUCCCUCCCGGUGCUGGGGGCUCUGUGGCUGUUCAGGGUGGCUGUGCUGGGACCUUGUGGUGUGACCCUCCCCUUGUCCCCCCCCCGUUGUGACUGACCUCAUCAUCUGUUGCUGUAUCCUGUGACAAUAAAAGCUGAGUUCCCAA